AUGAUGCCUCCUUAUGCGGAAGAGACGUCUGAAAUUGGGAAGCGAUAUCAAACGACACUGGCCCGUCCUGAAGAAAGGUUCUCUCAGGAAUUCAGAAAAACGGAAAAUGAUCUCUUCAAAGUUGUUCCAUUUGAUGUGUGUAGUGAUGUGUUUCCACGCCCACCGAAAGUGCAAUUUGCCAUCGACCCGCACACAAAAAUGAAUAACCAGAACUUUGAGCAACUCGACUCUCGUACUGUACGUGAUGUCCUAUUUGAAAAAAUGUCAUCGCCACAUUAUCAACCUCGCACUGCCAGGACCGAGCCAGCAGCCCCUCAAGUCUGGGGACCUACACUCAAUGUCCCCCAAUUGCCAGAGGAAGAUCCGAACCGAAAGAUGACAAUGAAAGAAUACUUUUCAGUGACAAAAAUCCCACCAAUAAGGACGCAGAAAUGGAACACUAUCAAUAUUCCCGCGAAAGAAAAAGAAUUAUUGAAGCUGGUCAUUUUGGAUUCCAUUUCGAGAAGACCAGAUAUCCUUGAUAUUAAAAACACAAGUGUUAUUCGUCUGGAGUAUGCAAUAGUCGCCAUUCAAGUAUUCAAGAGAACCGGCCACAUCUUGAGCUCGCAGUUGCUCAUGUAUGUAUUCAAAAGAGCCAAGGAGCAGCUGAGAAUUCACCUCCGAGCUGCAAUUUCCACAAAAUUGAGGUCACCAGCGGAAGUUGAACAGAAACUGCGGAAAUGGCCCGUGUACGAAUUCAUCCGGUUUUACCGGGUCAAACUCCAAGACUGGGAGGCACAAUUCCGUCAAAAAUACAUCACCCCGGCGGACGGACAACCCGUUGUGUUUGAAAUCGACGAGGAUCAGUUUGAGGAUGUGGACGAGGAGCAGAAUCAGGAAAUGUCGUUUUCCGCUCAAGAGGAGCUCUAUGAAGGAACGGAUAUUGUUGGCGAAGCAACACACCAAAGCGAAUCUCCACCCGCGCUUCUGACGGCGAAUAUCAAGUCGGAGCCCCAUCAGCCACUAGAGGACCCAACAACGUCUGGUUUCCCAGGUCAACUAGAUCAAGUGGGUCAAAUGAAUGAUACCGAGGACCAUGAUCAAAUUGGAAAUCAAGAAAUGAGGAUUCCUGCCAACAUUUCCAAUGUCACCGACGAUCAAAUUGAGGAUAUGAAAGACUUCGAGAUCAGCAUGGACCAUAUCACGCACCAGGCGAAUUGUGUUGCUCGCCGUCAACCAGAAAAAAUUGACAGCAUGCGUCAAGCGAUGUUCCUUGCCGUGUUGGAAAUGGAGAAAAGUGACGCCACCGAUUUGGGCGAGUUCUUUGCUGGAAUGGCAAAAUUGCAUACACGCAAAUAA